CACGGAAACCGAGCUCAGCAGAGCGCGAGCGUGAGACGCAGAGAGGGAGUGUGCGGGUUCAUUCCUGAAAUUAACAAAUAUGCAAAUAAUUACAUUAUUCCCGAUCGUUUCUGCUUUAUUAUUAGCACUGGCUGCCAAUGCAGAGGUGUACUUUAAAGAGCAGUUUCUGGAUGGAGAUGCCUGGAAGACUCGAUGGCUGAACUCCGAGCACAAGUCUGACUAUGGCCAGUUCAAACUGACUGCUGGAAACUUCUACGGAGACGCUGAGAAAGACAAGGGUCUGCAGAGCAGUCAGGAUGCCCAUUUCUACGCCACCUCCGCCCGCUUCGAGCCCUUCAGCAACGAGGGCAAACCUCUGGUGAUCCAGUUCACCAUCAAACACGAGCAGAAGAUCGACUGCGGAGGCGGAUACGUUAAAGUCUUCCCGGCUGAUCUCAACCAGGCGGACAUGCACGGAGACUCCCAGUAUUACAUCAUGUUCGGGCCGGAUAUCUGCGGCUACAGCACCAAGAAGGUUCACGUCAUCUUCAACUACAAAGGCAAGAACCACCUCAUCAAGAAAGAUAUCAAAUGCAAGGAUGAUGAAUUGACUCACUUGUACACAUUGAUCCUGAAUCCGGAUCAGACGUACGAGGUGAAGAUCGACAAUGAGAAGGUGGAGUCUGGCUCUCUGGAGGAGGACUGGGACUUUCUGCCCCCAAAGAAGAUCAAGGACCCCGAAGCCAAGAAACCUGAGGACUGGGACGACCGCGCCAAGAUCGACGACGAGUCGGACACCAAACCUGAGGACUGGGAUAAGCCGGAGAAUAUUCCCGAUCCUGAUGCCAAGAAGCCAGACGACUGGGAUGAGGAUAUGGAUGGAGAGUGGGAACCUGCCGUGAUCCCAAACCCGGAGUAUAAGGGCGAGUGGAAACCCAAACAGAUUGACAACCCUAACUACAAGGGCAUCUGGGUGCAUCCUGAAAUCGACAACCCUGAAUACUCUCCUGAUGCCGAGAUCUACAAAUUCGACAACAUUGGAGUCAUUGGGCUGGAUCUCUGGCAGGUGAAAUCCGGCACUAUAUUUGACAACUUCUUCAUCACAGACGACGUGAAGGAAGCUGAAGAUUUCGGAAAUGAAACGUGGGGUGCUACAAAGGGUCCCGAGAAGAAAAUGAAAGAGGAACAGGAUGAGAAGAAACGCAAAGAGGAGGAGGAGAAGAACAAGGAGCAGAGCACAGAAGCAGAUGAAGGCGAGGAGGAGGAGGAUGAAGGCGAGGAGGAGGAAGAGGAGGACGAGGACGAGACGGACGAGUCUCCAGAGGAGGAGGGAGACAAUGAUGCGCUUCCCAAAGACGAACUGUAACGCAGGAUGUAGAUUACCGUCCACAUUCCGUGGUUGCCAGGAAACGACUGCAGUGCAUUCAUUCUAAACUCAGCGCCCUUAGAGACGGCGAUGAUGUCGUGAUGAUGUCAUAGAGGGCAAAAGGGCAACCGGAAGUUCUUAACCUAUACAUUUAAUUUGCGACCAUUGACCCUUAACGAGCCAGUUUUUUUGUUAUUGAAGAGUUUUCUGUACAGCUGCAGGAGUCUGAUCUGUUUGAAAUCUAUUACCAGGUUAUUUGUGCCUUUUCAUGUUUGUAAAAUCGAUGCCCAUAUUAGUACGAGAUGUUGGUGUUAGUUUGAAGGAACUAGACUAAAUUCAUGAAGUUUAUUUGAUUUACAGUUAUAAUUAUGGAAGCCUGUUUUCACCACGGAAUACAAAAAAUAAAAAAGUAAUUAUCAGUUUAUAUCUCACAAUUGGGACUUUUUGUCCGAGGGGAAAAAAGUAAGAAUUGUGAGAUUU